AUGGCGGAGGAGGUUGUGACGUCAUUGUCGGCUAGCCCCAUGGCCACACCCGAUUAUAAUAAGAGAAAACACGAGGAGUUGGAGCUCAAUAUCACGCCCGAGCCACUCACUGAGUCGGACUCGAAUGCUAAGUCGGAGCUUGGCACUUUGGAGGUGGAAAAUGGAGGUGACGAUGAGUCGGAGGCGAAACGUCCUCGUUUAGAGAUGGAGACUAGUAAUGGUAACGAACUUGACGGCGAUGAAAUCGCUACUCAGAAUGGAUGCCAAGAGGAUGACAAGGUAGAAGAGCCAAAGGAGGAGGAAUCAUUGCAGCCCGAGGCUGUGACUAGCAAUGCCCAGACAGAGGAGGAAUCUAUGCUGCCCGAGGCUGAGGCUAACACUGUACAGCCAGGGGAAGGUCAGGAACUGUCCAAGGAAGAUUUGGAGACGGUCACUAGUGAACACGUGGCUUCUGAUGGGAAUGAAAAACCGGAGAACAGAAGUGUGGAGGAACAAGAAGAAUCUAGAGGAGAAGUUCAGGAACCUUCUGUGGAAGUUCUUAGAGAAGAGGGUGCUCCGAUCGUUGAGCAGAAGCCCGGGUCCGAAUUCCAAGUGCUGUCUCUCAAAAUGGAGGUCCCUAAUGAUAAGGUUGGUGUUCUGAUUGGCAAGGCUGGGGACACAAUUAGGUCCCUGCAAGACAAUUCAGGUGCCAAAAUUCAAAUUGUGAGGGAUGCUGAUGCAGAUCCUCGGUCUGUCUCUAGACCUGUGGAACUAAUUGGAACUUUGGAAAAUAUAACCAAGGCUGAGAAAUUGAUAAAGGGUGUUAUUGCUGAGGCCGAUGCUGGAGGUUCUCCGUCACUUGUUGCUAGGGGCUUCAACACUGUGCAGGCUGCUGCUGGGGGAGAACAACUUGAGAUACAAGUCCCCAAUGAAAAAGUUGGUUUGAUUAUUGGAAAAGGUGGAGAAACAAUUAAGAAUUUGCAGACAAGAUCAGGAGCACGCAUUCAGUUGAUACCACAACAUCUUCCAGAAGGAGACCAAUCCAAGGACCGGACUGUCCGUGUGACUGGUAAUAAGAAGCAGAUUGAGAUGGCAAGCGAAAUGAUAAAAGAAGUCAUGAAUCAGACCGUAAGGCCAUCAUCUCACUCUGGUGGAUACAGCCAGCAGGCCUUUCGUCCUCGUGGACCUGCUUCAUCACAAUGGGGAUCUCGCGGUCCUCAUCACUCGCAGUUCUCACGUCAUGAUCCACAAAGAGGACCAUUUCCUUCUCAGAAUCCACAGUACCCAACUCCAUCAUAUGGUAAUUAUCCUCCACAACAAGCACCAAGAAGCAGCUUCGGUCCAAGUUGGGAGCACAGGCCACCAGUGGCAAUGCAGGCGCCCUCACCACAGGCAAAUUACAACUACAGGCAGUCACAGGGUCCAGAUUAUGGGCAGCCAACUCCUUAUUCUCAAACACCUGCUCAACAAUAUGGUCUUGGAUAUAGUGAAGUAAAAUAUGAUCACCAUGCUUCUUCACAACAUUAUAGACAAAUGGCUUCUCAGCCAGCAGUUUAUGCUCAAGGUGGUGCACAUCCUGGCUAUGCUCCACAGGACCAAUAUGGUAAGGCCCCUACAUAUGGUAUGCCGCAGCAAGGACCCCAAGCUCAAUCUUACGUUCAGCCUAGACCGAAUCAACCUGGAGAAAUGCCUUAUCAAGCACCUGUUUCAUCAACUCAAGCAUAUGGCCAAAAUGUGCCACCUCAACAAUCAUACCCAUAUGCAUCUAGUGGACCAAUGCAGCAAAACUAUCCUCCAUAUGGUUCGGUACCCUCUGCAGAUGGAUACAAUCAUCCACCACCUGCCACAGCAUCUUCUGCUGGUUAUCCUCAACAAGCUGCUCAGCCUGUUUCUGGGUAUGGUCAGCCUGGUGGACAGCAGCCUCCUGCAUAUGCCCAAAUGGGACCAACAGGUGGUUAUCCUUAUCAGUCGUCGCAGCCGGCCUACAACGAACAACCUGCGGCCAACAAUGCUUACGGGUAUCAAGCGCCAGCAGAUCCUGCUUAUGGUAGUGCCCAUGCUCCAUCUGCUUAUGCUGCACCAACUACUGGACAGAUGGGUUAUGGUCAGCCAGCUCCAACACAGCCUGGCUAUGAUCAGUCCAUUCCUCAAUCAGCAGGUGCGUAUGGAAGUGUACCCGCCGCAUCGCCCCAGGCUGUGUAUCCCCAGUACGAUGCAACCCAAACAUAUGGUGCACAUCGCUGA